ACAUUAAACCCAAUUAAAAACUUUUACAUCUUCCCCUUAGGACUUUGUUAUCAUGUGUAGAUAUGAAAUUUUCUUUCAUUUUUCUUUAAAGACGACUUCAUGCGGGUGCACUAUGGGAAACUCCAAAAGGGACUGCAGAAUACUCUUCCUCUUAGUGUUCUCCUGUUUGGGAACAUGUGAUGCAGGCCAGUUUAAAGUUAUUGUCCCAGCGGAACCAGUGGACACCACUGUGGGCAGCAGCAUCGUUCUCCCCUGUCGGCUUUCCCCUGAAAUGAGUGCCGCAGCCAUGGAGGUGAGGUGGUUCAAAGAGAACUUUGACAACCUGGUGUUCCUCUACAAGGAGGGGAAGGAGACAGAGGGGUCGGACUACAGGAGCAGAGUGAGGCUGUUCAGACAGGAGAUGGAGAGAGGAAACGUGUCCCUGCUGCUCCAGAACGUCAGGAUCUCGGAUCAAGGCCUCUACAAGUGUCAUGUCAGCAGUGUGGACUGGUAUGAGGAGCCCCAGCUGCAGCUACGUGUUACACGUGAGUACAAGCGUAGCCUUGUCGUCUUCUGUCGAUGGACACCAGUCUGA